AUGGCUGCAUCCCAGAUCGCUAAUCUCGUGGAAGGUUUUGUCGGACAUGACGAUAAUGCCAAUGUGACGACCGACAUCAGUAAUACCAACAAGGUGGAGGGUGCCCAGGACACUGGGGAGAAGAUCAAGGCAACCGUCUGGGCGGGAAAGAAUAAGGUGGAAAUUGUGGACAUGCCCAAGCCCCGGGUCAUUGACCGAAGAGAUGCCGUGAUCAAGGUGACUGGAUCAACCAUCUGUGGAAGCGACCUCCAUCUGUAUCAUGGCGUAAUACCACAGCUGGAGAAAGGCGAUGUGUUAGGCCACGAAUUCUGUGGUGUUGUUGAAAGUAUUGCGCCCGAUGUUAGUGGCUGCAAGGUGGGCGACCGCGUCGUGGCUUCGUUUCCAAUUGCCUGCGGGCAAUGCCGGAAUUGUCAAAUGGAAUUGACAUCGGCGUGUGAACGGACGAAUUCUAACACUAUCACCAAUGCAAUGUAUGGCAAGCGAACGUCGGGUAUCUUCGGGUACAGUCAUUUCACGGGUGGGUUUGCAGGCGGACAGGCAGAAUAUGUCCGUGUUCCCAAUGCCGAUGUGAAUCUUUUGGUUCUGCCUGAAGAUGUUCCUGAUGAGAAGGGCUUGUAUCUGUCCGAUGUACUGGCCACCGCCUAUCACUGCGUGGUGGACACUGGGGUCAAAGAGGGUGAUACGGUUGCAGUAUGGGGUGCUGGUCCCAUUGGCCAGAUGGUCGUGGAAUUCAGUUUCCAGCAGGGAGCCAGUCGAGUCAUCCUGGUCGAUGGUGGAAACGGUGCCUGGAGACUGGAAUUCGUCAAGAGCAAGAUCCAUAACGUCGAGACCCUCAAUUUCACCGAUCUAACCAGGAGGGAAUCCGUGACCUCCAAACUCAAGGAAAUGGUUCCUGGUGGGGUUGAUGUUGCUUUGGAAUGUGCUGCCGGCGAGUAUGCCAAGGGGUGGACGCAUUAUCUAGAGAUGCUGUCAGGAGCCGAAACCGACACGUCGGAGAUCUUAAACGAGAUGAUCACAUCUGUGAGGCCGUUCGGACGGAUUGGGGUAACUGGUGUCUAUGCUGGCUAUACAAAUCAUUUCAACAUUGGUGCUAUCAUGCAGACAGGCAUCCGAUUCAUUGGCAAUGGCCAGGCACCCGUCCAGAAGUACUGGAAGCAUUUGCUCGAGCUGAUACGGGAGCAAAAGAUCAAUCCACUUGACAUGGUCACCCAUGUUGUGCAAUUGACUGACGUGCCAAAGCUUUAUAAGCUAUUCGAACAGCGCACAACAGGAAUGCAGAAGGUCUUCGUUCGGACUCGCCACUCUCUUCCUCCCUCACCAGAAGCUCCAGCAUUGAUUGACUUGGCAAAUGUGGCAUAAAGAAAAAUUUGAUCAACCCAAUUUACAAAAUUGUUUGAAAAGCAGUGUCGAGUUAGACACAGUCCACUUCUUGUAUUCUAGAGCCCAAACUAUUACAUGGCUGGACAUAGCGUGUCAUGAUGUGACUGUCCUCUCACAAUUACCCAAAGUGGGAUGGCCCAACCAUUUGGGCCACCCAGUGGUGAGCCCACAUUAGCUGAUCAUGUCUACAUUAUAUCACAUUUCUUAUUGCUUCCCGGGUACGGCUUGCCCGGGCCCGCACACAAUCUCUUCAAAUUUCCAUCCUUCAAUGGCCUCUGCAUCUUUUUAUUCGCCAAGUCCGCGGCUAGAAGGAUCAUGAGUUCGGGAAGUGUAUAAAAAUGAGAA